AUGACAGAAAAUCCACCCCGGGUGAGCACUAUUGCCAUUUCUGCAACAACUACUCCUGUUAUUACAUCAACGCUACCAGUAGAUACGACAGUUGGGACAAUUAAUGUCUUACCAACUUCUAUGCCACUACCACCACCAAUAUCAGUUUCUACAAUUCUAGUUAUGACUACUCCUAUGAUGCCUAUUGCUACAACGGUCUUAGUACAAGGGGGACCAUUAGCAGCAUCAGUAUCUUCAAGUCCGCCACCCACUAGUUUGCUUGUGGUUACACAAGUAGAGGUCACUACUCCAACCACACAAUCAGUCUUACCUCCUUGGUUGGACAUAGUGGCACCAAAAAGGAAGAAGCAAGUUGUCUCACCAGAUGACUUCGACUUUGAACAAUUAGCUCCUUUGAAGGCAAAGGUGACCAAGAAGCCAAAGACAGUAUCAAGGGUGCUAGUUGAUCUUAGAAGAUGUCCAAGAUCAAAACCUAGUGAGCCUCAACCUUCCGUUCAACCCCAAAAUCCAUUAGGGUUUGACAAAGGUAAGGCCCCUAGUUCUGAGGUUGUUGCAGGGGCUGAUGGAUUUGUUCCUGUCAAGGAUCGCAAUAGGAACAUGGGUCAAAAGAGAACCUUGAAGGAGAGAUUGGAAGAAGAUACGUUCAAUAGAUUUGAAGCCUUGGAUGACCUUAUUCAGCAGGAGGUCAAUUCAGGAUUGAUGAGUUUGGAAUAA